AUGUAACGUUGUAAGCCUCGCAUUUCGAAAUCAGUAGUAUAAUCCACAGACGGGUUUGUGCUUUCGUGUCUAUUUUAAUUUAGGGCUAAACUUUUGCAAUGCUGAGGAUAAUAUUAUCAAUAGCACUAGCAGUGUUAAUAUGGUUUCGAUUUUUAAAACCCAUGAAUCAUUUCACUAAAAUGGGAGUCAAACAAACGAAACCGUGGCCCAUUCUUGGAGACAUAUGGAGAAAUCUGUUUCAGCAAAUGCACUCCCUUGAAAGUGUUGAAUUCUACUACAAAAUGUUUCCAGGUGCCCGGUAUUCUGGUUUUUAUCAGUUUAAUAUACCCGCUCUAAUUAUUAAGGAUUCCGAGCUACUUAAACAGAUUACUGUCAGAGAUUUCGACCACUUUACUGAUCAUCGAACAUUUGUAGAUGCUGACGUGGAUCCAUUAUGGGCUGGAAACCUAUUUGCUUUGACAGGUCAUACAUGGAAAGAGAUGAGAGCUACUCUGAGCGGUUCCUUUACGAGCAGCAAAAUGAAAAAUAUGGUCCAUUACAUGAACGGGGCGGCUGAAAAUUUUGUUCAGUUCUUUUUAAACAAAAAUGAAAAACUUAUUGAAAUAGACAUGAAAGAUGCGUUUACGAGAUUUACAAACGAUGUAAUUUCCACAACAACUUUUGGGAUCGAAGUGGAUUCUCUCAAAUCUCCAAACAAUGCUAUCUAUUUAAUGGCAAAGCGAAGCACAGAUUAUUCUUCUUUGUACAGACGUUUGCGAUUUUUCGCAAUGCUGAUGAUGCCUAAAUUGACCAGGUUGCUGAACGUUGGUCUAUUUGAGAAAGACCUAUCAUCGUUUUUCUUUAAAACUAUUAAAGAUACCAUUCACGUUCGAGAAGAAAAAGGAAUCGUUAGACAGGACAUGUUAAAUUUAUUAUUAGAAGCAAGAAAGGGAAUUCUAUAUGAAAAUUCUGAUGCUCUUAUGGAAACAGGUUUUGCUACUGUCAAAGAAUAUACACAGUCUGGUAAAGGCCGACAGAAGACAACUUAUUUAACAGAUGAUGAUAUAGCUUCCCAAGCAAUGAUUUUCUUCUUUGCCGGGUUUGAUUCUGUUGCAAUUGUUAUGUGUUUUGGUUCAUAUGAACUGGCAGUUAACAAGGAAAUACAGAAUAAACUGAGAAGUGAAGUUGUUGAAUCACGCAGGUUAAAUGGCGGAAAAGUAACCUAUGAAUCUUUGCUGAAAAUGAACUAUAUGGAUCAGGUUAUAUCCGAGGUUUUACGAAAGUGGCCUCCUAUACCAACAGCGGACAGAGUUGCUACGCAACCCUACACUAUUGAACCAGUGAAUGCCGAUGAAAAGCCAGUCAAUUUAAAAAUUGGCGAUGUAAUUUCGAUUCCAAUAUUUGGAUAUCAUAGAGAUCCGAAAAAUUUCGAAAAUCCCACAAAAUUCGACCCGGAAAGAUUUUCAGAUGAAAAUAAAAGCAAAAUCAAACCGUACACAUAUAUGCCUUUCGGUCUUGGUCCUAGAAACUGUAUUGGCUCAAGAUUUGCCCUUUUAGAAAUUAAGGCUUUAUUCUAUCACUUGCUGUUAAACUUUGAAAUAGAACCAACCAAAAUAACUACAGUUCCUAUGAAAUUAUCUGUUAAAACAUUCACUCCAACACCAGUAGGUGGUUUUUGGUUCGGACUAAAACGACUUAAAAGCACAUAAAUUUGUUGAAAUAAAGCAUAUCAUUACUGUUGAAUCGAUGUUUUCUCUAUUUUAUAAUAAAAUAAGUUUUAGAAGUAUUGCAACUAAUUUAAUUUAUACAGAUAUUUACAUCAAUAGCUUAACAAUAAAUGUAUGUAUCAAAUAUAAAUGUCAAAUUGUUAGGUUAGUUUUUAAUGUUAUAAGUUUUAUUUAAUUGACAAUAAAUUAGAUAUUAACAAACAAA